CGCGCGCGGUUCCUGACGCCGACCCCAGCGCCGCGCCGCUGCGGCUGCGGGCGGCGAAGGCUGCACCAUGGGUCGACUGUCGCGGGCCGCGGGACUCGUGCCGCUGCUGCCAGCGCUGCUGCUGCUGCUGGCCGGGGGAGUGUCCCUGGGUGCAUGUAUGGCUGGGUCUGAGGAGCCUGGCCCAGAGGGCCUCACUUCCACCUCUCUGCUGGACCUUCUGCUGCCCACUGGCCUGGAACCCCUGGACUCAGAGGAGCCCAGUGAGGCCAUGGGCUUAGGAGCUGGCCUAGGAGCCCCUGGCUCAGGCUUCCCCAGUGAGGAGAGUGAGGAGUCCCGGAUUCUGCAGCCACCGCAGUACUUCUGGGAAGAGGAGGAGGAGCUGAAUGACUCCAGCCUGGACCUGGGACCCACUGCAGACUAUGUUUUUCCAGACUUAACUGAGAAGUCAGGUCCCAUAGAAGAUACAAGCCAGGCUCAAGAUGUGCCAAGCCUCCCCUCUCCCCUGCCCAAGAUGAAUCUGGUUGAGCCUCCCUGGCAUAUGCCUCCUGAAGAGAAGGAAGACACAGAAGAAGAGGAAGAGGAGAGGGAGAAGGAGGAUGUAGAGAAGGUGGAGGAGGAGGAGGAGGAGGAGGAAGAGGAGGAGCUGCUCCCUGUGAAUGGAUCCCAAGAAGAAGCCAAAACUCAAGUCCACGACUUUUCUCCCACUAGCAGCAGCCAACCUCCAGGGCCCACAAAACACAGGCCUGACGAUUCUGGGGAUCAGGCCUCCUCAGGUCUGGAGGUGGAAAGUAGCGUAGAGCCCAGCUCAUCACUGCUCUCAGUCACCCCAAAUACAGUGACCCUAGGGGAUCAGGACUUCACCAGCCAGGAGGAAGGGGCCACGAUGCUGCCAGCAGCAGGAUUUGGGGUCGAGUUUGAGGCUCCUCAGGAAGUGGAUGAGGAUGCCACUGUGGGAGCAGCUGGGUUGGCUGGCAAACAAGGCGAGGUGCCAUCCUCAGCAUCAUUCCCUCAAACAGAAGCUCCGAGUGGGGCCGAAACCCUAGAUGAAGAUCACCUUGACUCGAGAACCUCAGCCUCUUUCCCACUGGCCCCCCAAGACACGGAACUGACACCUUCCUCUGCUAUCUUGGGGCAAGAAGACCUCACCCAGCAGCCCCAGGAAGGGCAGGCAGCUGAAGCCCAAUCUAGAAUACCCUGGGAUUCUACUCAGGUGAUCUGCAAAGACUGGAGCAACCUGGCUGGAAAAAACUAUAUCAUUCUGAACAUGACAGAGAACAUAGACUGUGAGAUGUUCCGACAGCACCGCGGGCUGCAGCUCCUGGCCCUGGUCGAGGAGGUGCUGCCCCGCCAUGGCAACAGCCGCCACGGGGACUGGCACAUCUCACUGAGCAAGCCCAGCGAAAAGGAGCAGCAUCUUCUAAUGACCUUGGUGGGCGAGCAGGGGGUGGUGCCCACUCAAGAUGUGCUUUCCAUGCUGGGUGACAUCCGCAGGAGUCUGGUGGAGAUCGGCAUCCAGAACUACUCCACCACCAGCAGCUGCCAGGCACGGCCCAGCCAGGUGCGCAGCGACUACGGGACGCUCUUCGUGGUGCUGGUGGUCAUUGGUGCCAUCUGUGUCGUCAUCAUCGUGCUCGGUCUGCUGUACAACUGCUGGCAGCGCCGGCUGCCCAAGCUCAAACAUGUGUCGCACGGCGAGGAGCUGCGCUUCGUGGAGAACGGCUGCCACGACAACCCCACGCUGGACGUGGCCAGCGACAGCCAGUCGGAGAUGCAGGAGAAGCAGCCCAGCCUGAACGGCGGCGGGGCCGUCAAUGGCCCAGGAGGCUGGAGCGCGCUCAUGGGGGGCAAGCGGGACCCCGAGGACUCGGACGUGUUCGAGGAGGACACGCACCUGUGACGUGCCCCCGGUCUGGACACGGCAGAGCGGGUCGCGAGGGCUCAAACCUCAGUCGGCCGGCGGGUCCUCGUUCGCUGUGGCCCCUGUGGCCGUUCCUGCGCGGCCGCGCGUAGCUGUGCGCGGGGCGCGAGAAGGGCGAACCCCGCUGUCGUCCCGCGCCUCCCCUGCCCUCUCGGGUUGCCCCGGGUCGCCACGCCGCAGACUGGCCGUCGAUGCAGGGACUUGUCAGCUUCCCACCAACUUUACAAAGCAGUUCGCACAGCUCCCCCUCCCCACUCCCACCCCGAGGCCCUGAGCAUUUGAGCCCGGGUCUCAGGCAUCGCCCUUAGGUCCCCGUUGAGGCGAGGCCGAGGCCGGUGGCAUCUUCCCGGCCCCCGCUCAGCGCAGCCUGCCCUGGGACGGGACCCAGCUUUCCCGGCCCCACCGAACCCCGACUCUGCGGCCAAGGCCUGGUGCAGCCGCCUCGUCUGUUCCCCGCCUGCUUGGCUCAGAGCACGGGCGGCGGGCGCCUCCUGCGCACCGGGACUCCCAUUAAACCCGUCUGGGAGGUGAAGCUGAGCCCAGUCUGUCCCGCCUGCCGGACUCGU